UCUACGCGUUUUCUUUCCGUUGCCCCCUCCCCUCCCCUCUCCACCCGUCGGCUCGGGCGGAACCAAAUAGGCACGCACGGCUAGGGUUUAUCCAGCCACCCGCCGCCGCCGCCGCCCCGCCCGACCCGACCGCUCCCCGCGGCCGCCCGACCGGGGCUUACCCUCCUCCCCUCACCCCCACCGAGGCGCCCGGGCGAUGGACGCGGCGGCGCUCGACGACGUGAUCCGGCGGCUCCUGGAGGCGCGCGGCGGCCGGACGGUGCGCCCCGCGCAGCUCUCCGACGCGGAGAUCCGCCGCCUCUGCGCCGCCGCCAAGGACGUCUUCCUCAGCCAGCCCAACCUCCUCGAGCUCGAGGCCCCCAUCAAAGUCUGCGGGGACAUCCAUGGCCAAUAUUCUGAUCUUCUUCGAUUAUUUGAGUAUGGUGGUUUCCCACCGGAGGCGAACUAUUUGUUUCUGGGUGACUAUGUUGAUCGUGGCAAACAGAGUAUUGAAACGAUAUGCCUUCUCCUUGCUUACAAGAUUAAGUACCCGGAGAACUUCUUUCUCCUUAGGGGAAACCAUGAAUGUGCCUCUAUCAACAGAAUCUAUGGAUUCUUUGAUGAAUGCAAGAGGAGGUUCAAUGUUCGUCUCUGGAAGGUUUUUACUGACUGUUUUAACUGCCUUCCUGUGGCUGCACUUAUUGAUGACAAGAUCCUGUGCAUGCAUGGGGGUUUAUCACCUGAUUUAAAGAACAUGGACCAGAUACGUAACAUUGCCCGUCCUGUGGAUAUUCCGGACCAUGGUCUCCUCUGUGAUCUGCUAUGGUCAGACCCUGAUAAAGAUGUUGAUGGCUGGGGUGAGAAUGACAGGGGCGUGUCAUACACUUUCGGAGCUGAUAAGGUUGCAGAGUUCCUUGAGAAACAUGAUCUAGAUUUGGUCUGCAGGGCUCACCAGGUGGUGGAGGAUGGAUAUGAAUUCUUUGCAAAGCGUCAGCUCGUAACCAUAUUCUCUGCACCCAACUAUUGUGGCGAGUUUGACAAUGCUGGUGCCAUGAUGAGCAUAGAUGAUUCACUAACAUGCUCAUUCCAGAUCCUUAAGCCUUCUGAUAAGAAAGGGAAAGCUGGAACCGGCAACUCAAAACCUGGAACACCGCCUAGGAAGAUAAAGAUUAAUAUUAUUUAGGCAGACCCUUCAGGUACGAAAUGAGUUAUUGUGAUGGAGCACACCCCCAAAACUUGUUAUGAAGGUGCGCCGAACAACGUGUUGAAAACGUCAACCUGCAUGCUGUUGUUUUUUCGUGGUCUGAUGCAGAUCUGUCCUGCCAUUCUGGAAAGAUCAGAGCAGGAAACAUAACUGGGAAUUUUGUGUGGAUUUCUUAUUCCUUUUAUUAACUCUGCUAUGCGUGGCAAAAUGUUUAAGCACGGGAGGCAUCAGGAACCUCAUCCUGUGGUGGAGAUUGCCAAUGCUGAAUGUAGAUUCUGUUAUGUUAUGUACGCUGUUUUAUCUGUAAAGCUUGCCUCUGCAAAUGACUUGCUAGCUUUAGUGAAUGAAUGUGUUUUGCUGA